AUGGAUAAGAGCGUGAUCAAAUUCAGUCACUGUGGCAAAGAUAUUUUUUGUUUCUUUGUGCCAGAGGAAUGCCCUGAGUGUGGCAUGGGUUUCAGUGGGAGAAGGCUGGAGGAGGCUCCCAUCAGCAUCCCUAAUCCCUUCACCAAUGGCCACAAAACACCCUGUGCUUUCCUCAUCGCUCCAGCUGAGGAGAACACACUCAGAGAAUAUGAUGGUGGAUCAGAUCUACACACUGGAAUUACUGACACAAAUGGUAUUGCGUAUAACUACACCAAGUCUGGCGUUCGGAGAGACUGUGAGGGCUGGGAACACUGCAUCAGCAUCAGGUUAGUCCAGCCUGACAUGUACAAUCUCAUCAAUCAGUGGGAUCAGUAUCUGGAGAAAUUCUCCUCAGCCCAGAUGUGGGAUCCACUCUGGAAAAGCUUUAAUGAGGAGAACCACAACUGCUACAGCUACACGCUGAUGUUUAUAAACUGUGUGCUGGCCAUGCAAUCCAAACGAGCACUCAGCAAAGACGAGUUUACGCAGACUUUCAUUUUGCCACGCAUCAAACGGGCAGCCAAGUACACAAUGCUGUGUCAGGAGAUUACACAUAACCACUUUUAUAUUGUGGACAGUCCAAAGAGAGACUCACAGAAAGAACAGGAUGAUGAAGAUAAAGACGAGAAAAGCAAGUCAUGAUUUGCGUCCAUGUCAGUUAAACUCUUCUGCUUAACAGUGUUAAGUGUUUAGUGCUCUAGAAUAAGAUAAGAAAUUAUGCAAAUCUGAACUUUAACUUUGUAAUAAUGAUAUUGUUUGAAUCUUACAAAAUUCUAUUACUGUUAAAAGAGUCAUAUCAGAACCCUGCUACUGGAUCUUGUAUCUUUAAUAAAGAGUCAUAGAUCAGUACUUUUGAUUCUUGAGUAAAUUCUUUGUGCUUUUACUUAACAAAUAAGAUACAAGAGAAUCACAUUUAAUUGAUGCAAUUCAAUAUUCUAUGCUCCUGCACAUCAUACCCUUUGAAGGACAGUGUUUUAUUGUUACAAACACACAGUGAGAUUAUCUCACACUUGUAUCAUGGGAAUCACACUUGUGGUCCCAUGACAGGUUCUCAUUUAACACAAUUUAUAAAAGGGAAAUAGGAGUUUAAGUAGUAAGAUGUUGGAUCUUACGAUGUUGGACUUCUGAUCAGAAGAUCGUAAGUUUGAAUCCAAGCACCACUAAGCUAGAGAUAUUCAAUAAAAAUCCUCUAUGGAUCCACUCCGAAUCCUUAAAAAUGUGCUUGGGUACUGCAACAAGGUAAAAUAUAUUUUGUUCCUGUCCACCACCGGUCACAACUUCUACAAGGUACCAUAUUAUAAUUUUUUUAACUAGUGAACACUACAUUGCACUAACUAACCAUGCAACUAACAUAAACUAACCAUGCAAUCACGCUAGCACUGCUCCUAUUAGCAUUUACAGAUGUGGCCUGUCCACAGGGAAAUAAAGAAACACACAGCUAUAUAAUUGACACAUAUUUCAUUACAUGAUUUCUAAUAUUUUUCUGCAACAAGCACAAUGAUUGUUAAUCUGAUGCAGCCCAGAACUAAAGCUCUGAGAAUAGAGAUGUGACAGUUACAUGCUGAGCCAGCGAUUGGGAUUUGUAGCUUUACUGCCUCAAAAUAAUAAUAAAAGUUUGUUAUUUUUAUCAGAAAGAUGAAUUGCUAUUCUGCUAAUUAGUGCCAGUGCAAGCCAAUAAGGUUAUUAAACACUUGUGCUUGCAUCAACAAUGAUGAUGUGCUCAUAUUUAUUGAAUGCAUAGGUGACUAGAAAAGUGAACUAUGGAAAAUCAUAGACAUUUUGCGCCUCAGCUCACAGCAUUAUGUUAUAAACCACCAAGCCACCAGUG